AUGUCUGCAAACGAUUUCUAUUCUUCCGGUGACCAAGGUGAGGUUGACAAGAAGCCUCAAUACGACCAAACUGAACUGGGUGAACAAGGUGACCGUGGCCUCGUGUCAUCUAUUGUAGGCUCUGUAGCUGGAGGUGUUGCAGGUAACAAGAUGGGUGGUAAGUCGGGUCAUGGUACCAUGGGAGGUAUUGGAGGUGCCGCAGCCGGUGCAUUUGUUGCAAAUAAGAUUGAAGAUUUCAUUGAAGGCAAAAUGAAGCAUGGUAAAAAAGGCAAUCACGGCCGCGGUGUAGAUGACUUCAACAGUGGAGGUCAUCAUAACGAAGGUGGCUACAAUCAAGGUGGUCCAGGUGAUUACAACCAAGGUGGCCCAGGUGGUUACAACCAAGGUGGCCCAGGUGGUUACAAUCAAGGUGGCCCAGGUGGUUACAACCAAGGUGGCCCAGGCUACAAUCAAGGUGGUUACAACCAAGGUGGUCAAGGUGGUUACAACCAGGGUGGUCAAGGUGGUUACAACCAGGGUGGUCAAGGUGGCAGAUGGUAA